UACAGUAAGGUGACGUUUCCUUCGGAGUCACAUGACUCUACAGUAAGUCCAACAUGGCAGACGGAGUGGAUCUUACGCGGUAACUAAAGCAACAUUUCAACUGGAACAGACUAAUUCAACACUACUCUGCAACAAGACAUCCACAAUGAGGGAGAGACAGAAGAAAAAGAAGGGGAGGACGUGGGCGGAAGCCGCCAAAACGGUUUUGGAGAAAUACCCUAAUACGCCCAUGAGCCAUAAAGAGAUCUUGCAGGUGAUUCAGAGAGAAAGGCUUAAGGAAAUAAGAAGUGGAACCUCGCCACUGGCAUGUCUGAACGCAAUGCUGCACACAAACUCUCGUGGUGAGGAGGGGAUCUUCUACAAAGUUCCAGGCAGAAUGGGGGUCUACACAUUAAAGAAGGACUUCUCAGUUGUGGCGAAGGAGCUGUCUGAGGAGAGCUCUGAGGAGAGCAGUGACAAUCUUUCUGACUCCCAAAGCACAGAAAACAACAGCAGCGCCGUCGCAGGAGAGGGCCGGACAGGAAGGUGGAUGCGAAGAGUUCCCUCCAUGCUGCAGUCACAGCCGUCUUCUCCGCAGCCUCGAUGCUCGUCGCCUUCUGUCCCCACCGGUAAACUCAUCUCUUCCUCGCAGAAACACAGCAAGAAAGCAUUGAAACAGGCCUUGAAGCAGCAGCAACAGAGAAACCAGCGCAGACAGGGGGGGAUGCCAACCACCUCCAGUCCUAGACUGCUUCUGAAAACCAUCAAAGAUAUGGCUGACAACAUCACUACAAAGACUGACCUAUGCCACCCAGUUGUUCCCAGGAAGGGUCCUCCGAGGUCAGGCCGCCUUAAUGCAGGGCAGCUGAAACGUACCAAGUGUAAUAUAGAUGUGGAAACACCCGACUCUAUAUUGGUAAACACUAACUUGCGGGCGAUCAUCAACAAGCACACCUUCUCGGUCCUGCCCCCGGACUGCCAACAGAGACUUCUCAAACUCCUGCCUGAAGUUGACCGGCAGGCUUGCAUGGAUGGCCUUCUGAAGGUGACUAGUUCUGCUUUGAACAAUGAGUUCUUCACAUCAGCAGCUCAGUCUUGGAAGGAGAGACUGUCUGAGGGGGAAUUCACUCCUGAGUUGCAGCUACGAAUGCGCCAAGAAAUAGAGAAGGAAAAGAGAGUAGAACACUGGAAGGAGGCCUUCUUUGAAAACUAUUAUGGUGAAAACUCUGGGCUCAGCUUUGAGGAAUCCAAAGAGCUGACAGAGGCUGAUAUGAAUCAGGAGUCUGCCAGACCCCAGUCCCCCCCUCAUCAGACAGGACCUGCUGCUCAAGCACCAGAGGAUCCCAAGGGCUCAAAGGACAGCAGCCAGACUGAUGCUGCAACCGCUGUGAAAGACAUGAAGCCAACAAAGGAACUUCUGAAGGUGCAGCCUGCUCAGAGAGAGCCAGUCUCCACCACAGAGCCCAUGAAGACACGGCGCUCACAGUACGCUGAGGAUCGUAAGUUAAACACAACAGCACAUUCUGGGCCAGCACCUGCAGUGAAAACAGUGGAGGUUGAAGGGCCGACCGAACGGGUCCCAGUAGGUACACUGCCUGAAAAGGAGCAUAAAGAGGAAGUGAAGGAGGAGAAAACUAAACUUCCCCAGUCGCCUGUGAAGAAGAGCGGCCCACAAAAGGAUAGUUUAGAGCUAAAAGAGGAUCAGCCGGUGUCUGUGGUUAAGCCCGCUGAGGAGAGCAAAGAGGUCAACCCUGAGCCCAGUGGCCCCUCAGAGCCGCUAAAAAGAAAAUCUCUCAGUGAGAUUGGGGAUGAAUUGACACCAGAGAAAAGGCCCCGUAUGUCCUCAAUUUCCUCAGUGUCCUCAGUCUCCUCUGUAUCUCCUCCAGCGUCAUCCGUAUCCAGCCCUGCUACACCAACUUCAACAACAAAUCAGAGGGUUCCACCACUCAAGAUCCCAGUGUCCCGGAUUCUUCCCAUUCCUUUGUCACCUAGCCAACUCUCUCCCAGGACUCCCCUCCCGGCCCCCCUUAGCAGCCCAGGUCGUACUGGUGCUCGCACUUUGGCUGACAUCAAAGCCAAAGCUCAGCUUGCACGAGCGCAGCGAGCAGCGGCUGCCGCAGUAUCAUCCGCGUCGAAAGGAGCGGUGCCAGGCCCAGGGCCAGGGGGAGGCAGUGGUGAGCAGACCCAGCCCUCACCCAGCCCCAGCCCAACAUCCCCACAGGCAUCAACCAGGUUACCAGCCUCCAGCAGCAGCGGUCAGACCAGUACUCCUCCUCCUCGCCCACUGGACUCUUUUAGCCAGUUAAGCCCAAACCGGUUUCAAACAUCUUACUCAAGCAAAACUGAUGAUAAAAACAAAGGUCAUUCUGCUGGUACUGUCAGUGCGCCCAACAGCAUUCAAAUGCAACCCACUCAGCCAUCUGUGCACGCUCUCAUGGGACAAGAAAGCCCAUCACUUGCUAUAUCAUCAACCAAGAUCAGCUCCUGUAUCCCUGCAAAUAACCCACUGGUCACUCAGCUUCUGCAGGGUAAAGAGGUUCCAUUGGAGCAGAUCCUCCCAAAACCGCUAUCCAAGGUGGAAGUGAAGAUGUCAAAUGUACCCUCUGGUAGUAAGGGGAAGACACCACACUCUGCUGAGCACAGGUCUGAUAAGGAGAUGGCCCGCCAGUUCAAUACAGCAGGACACACAGAGGUUUUCUCAGAGUACCCAAGACAUCACAGGGAACUUCCUGAUGAGGAGACUCAGGAGCAGAUCCUCCAGGCUCUGAUUCAGAGGAAAGGCCAGCAGAGUCAGCCUUAUGGUGGUCUGGGGCCUCAGCAACCUCAAUACAAAGUCUAUCAGCUAGUGCACGCAGAAGAGCAUCAGGACCAAUCCAGGAUUUCUGUAGGAUUUCUGGGUCGUAAGAGGAUGCCCAGGCCUGCCAUGACAGGUCAUUACCUGCUUAAUGUGUCCACAUAUGGCCGAGGACCAGAGAGCAAGAGACUGCACCAGUCUGUCAUCCCAAACACGUCUCUAUCCAGUUUAAAAAGGGAAAGCACAGAAGGAGAGGAGGCGGCCAAGGAUAAAGAACCAGCCAACAAAUGCUUUUUUCCUGCUUCUGAGGUAAAAACAGAGCAGCAUGGAUGCUCAGUGACCAAGUCUGACGAAGCAACGAGCAUUCAGCAUUGCACCAAUGUAAAGACGGAACCUGGGUCAGAGGAUAGUGCAGUCGGUGCCGAUAACAACAGCACCAGUGGGACAGCUAAAGAAGACACCAGCCCUUUUUCUCAGUCACAACGAAGGCACCUCGAACUCUGCAAUAGUAACCAAGGAAACUCCGAGCCAUAUCUUAACCAAGUGGACCCCAGUUACCAGCGACAGUCUGCCUUUCAAACCCAGAGAACACUCGAUAAUCAGGAAGUCAUGGCAGCAUCAUGCUACGGUGGCACUAUCAGCAUGUCUGUACCUAACACUUUGAACCGCAGCACUGCAGGCAUCUGCUCCCCCACAGCCUCAUCAGAGGCCGGCGGCGGUGUCCACGGGAGCGUCAUGUCUUUCUCAGUGACCGUCACCACCAUACCUGCCGGUCACUCGUUAGGCCACAGCAACCAGGACGAUCCCUCACCUGAGCAGUCGUUCAUCGAAGGCUCCAACAUGGAGGACGUCCAGUCUAAAUGCUACUGCAGACUGAAGGCCAUGAUCAUGUGCAAAGGAUGCGGAGCCUUUUGCCACGAUGACUGCAUCGGGCCCUCGAAACUCUGCGUGUCAUGUUUAGUUGUUCGAUGAUAUGAAAUGAAUAAUAAUAAUUAGAAGAUACAGUAUCACGGUUUGAUUUGUACUGAAGCAAGACCCGAAGCAGAAGCAGGUCAUUCA